CCUGGUUCGUUCUAGAUUUCAACACGCCUCCUAUGUCGGCCAAACUUCCUAUAUAAACCACCCCAUCCUCUCCCUCCUUCAUCCAAUCCAUCGUUUGAUUUCUCGAUUCCCAGUUCUCAAUUCUCAAGCUCAGAAAUUAAUCCCUGUUUCUCACAAUGCAGAUCUUCGUGAAAACCCUAACCGGCAAGACGAUCACUCUCGAGGUCGAGAGUUCCGACACGAUCGACAACGUCAAGGCUAAGAUCCAGGACAAGGAGGGAAUUCCGCCGGAUCAGCAGAGGCUGAUCUUCGCCGGAAAACAGCUCGAGGACGGCCGGACCCUUGCCGACUACAAUAUCCAGAAGGAGUCCACCCUCCACCUGGUUCUCCGCCUGAGGGGAGGCAUGCAGAUCUUCGUCAAAACUCUCACCGGAAAGACGAUUACGCUCGAGGUUGAGAGCUCUGACACGAUCGACAACGUCAAGGCUAAGAUCCAGGACAAGGAGGGCAUCCCGCCGGACCAGCAGAGGCUGAUCUUCGCCGGGAAACAGCUGGAGGACGGCAGGACCCUUGCCGACUACAACAUCCAGAAGGAAUCCACCCUCCACCUUGUUCUCCGCCUGAGGGGAGGCAUGCAGAUCUUCGUCAAGACUCUGACCGGAAAGACGAUCACUCUGGAGGUUGAAAGCUCUGACACGAUCGAUAACGUGAAGGCAAAGAUUCAAGACAAGGAGGGCAUUCCGCCGGACCAGCAGAGGCUGAUCUUCGCCGGAAAACAGCUGGAGGACGGCCGGACUCUUGCGGACUACAACAUUCAGAAGGAGUCCACGCUUCACCUUGUCCUUCGUCUCCGUGGGGGUCUCUGAAUUGCUUCUCUAUUUGCCUCAGUAUGUGUUGAUUGUUCUCUGUUGUUUGUGGUGUUUGGUUGGCUCUAUGGUGGUGUCUGUGUUAUGCAGCAAAUAAUUUAAGGUCCAAAUAAUUCAUAUUUUAAUUUAAUAAAAUUGUCUGAGUUUUUAUUUGUUGUUUUUUAUGAUUGGGAAUACAUCGCCUGCAAUUUAUUUUAUCACAGGAUUCGUAUGCAAGAUGAUUAAUCGUCUCCCCUAGGCCAAUCAGGGUUGUUCCUUUGGAUAUGUAUUGGCAAACUAUGGCUGGCGAUUCACCUUGCAUUUGUCAUAUCUUUGAUCAUAAACGGCAGAUUGGAUUAGUCAAAUCGCCAAAUUGAUUGUUUGGAUAAUGGUUUUUGGAAUUGGCAUUUAGAACCGAACAGCUAAAAAUUGA